AUGGUUCUGGGUCUGGAUAAGCGUUACGUGUGGGCGGCGUUGCCACUGCUUGGAUUUGCCCUCGGACAUUUUCUGGAUAAGAAGGAAACGGAACGCAUGUCCUUGUUCCGUGACAAGAGCGCACUAUACGGCCGUCCAGCCGGCAGUGAGGAUAAGCCACCAUCUUGGUGAUUAGCAUAUAACGUAGUACAUCAAUUCUUCACUUUUCUCACUGUCAUUUCAAAAUAAAACUGCAAAAUGGACAUGUGAAAAAAUAAUAAUAC